AUGGAAUACGAAGCAAAGAAAGCUAGAAAGGGCUUCGUGUCUCCCAUCAAGCGGCUGGUUUUCCCGAAGGCGGCUCGGAAGCAGGCUCUCAAGAACGCCGUCUACCGGCGCCCUCUGCACUCCGUCCCCCUGUAUCCUCCGGACUAUCUCAUUGAUCCCCACAUCCUCUUACAUGACUAUGUGGAAAAGGAAGUGAAGUUUUUAGGCCACCUGACUUGGGUGACGACUUCCUUGAACCCCUCCAGCCGUGAUGAGCUGUUGCAGCUACUGGAUACUGCCAGGCAGUUGAAGGAGCUUCCGCUGAAGACAACCCCUGAGCAGGACAGUAUCCUGAGCCUCUCGGCACGCUGCCUGCUGCUCACCUGGCGUGAUAAUGAGGAGCUCAUCUUGAGAAUCCCCACCCACGAAAUUGCCGCUGCCUCCUACCUGCGGGACGAUGGGCUGCACCUCUUGGUUCUGAAGACAGGCUUGGGCGUUGACCCCGUCCCCGCAGGGGGCAGCCUGGACUCCUAUCCUGGAAGUAUGCAGGAGAAGAAAUUCUCCGGAGGACCCUCCGACAAGAGACCAACGGAGCCCCGGCAGUUGGGGGCCACCGCGGAGCGGCGUCACACCAUCUGCAGCCUGGACUGGAAGAUGGCGCGGAGUGGGCAGGAGGGGGGCCCCGGCGGUGGAGGCAGCCUGGAGCGGAAGCAGGGGGGUGGGAGCUGGGAGAAGAGGCAGGGGGGCACAGGCAGGCCCUUCGGCAGCUGGGAGCGCCGGCAGACCUACAGCGGGAGCUGGGAGCGCCGUCCUGCUGGCAAAGCCGGGGGCAGCUGGGAGCGCCGGCAGGCCUGCAGCGGGAGCUGGGAGCGAGGCAAGACCUGCGGCAGCUGGGAGCGGAGGAACACGGGGGGCAACCCCCUGGACCCCAAGGAGCCCAGCCCGGAAGCCUACUGCAACCUCGUCAUCCUGGCUGUGACCAACAGGGACACAGCUGAGGAAUCCUGCGCCCUCAUCUGCCAGGUUUUCCAGAUCAUUUAUGGGGACCAGACCAUCGAGUGUGUGGACCGGGCUGGCUACCACUACACGUCCACUCCAAAGCGCCCUUGGUUGUCCAGCCGCAGCGAGAGCUGCCGGACAGACGGGACGUACGCGUACGACGCCGACUUCAGCUGCUGCAGCUCCUUUGACGGCUCCCGUGAAACCUUUGAGGCCUACUGCAGCGGCGGUUCUUCCCCCUCGCUUCGCCAGUCGCACCACAGCCUUGCGACAGCUUGCAGUGGGAGCGACCAAAGCAGCACAGGCCUGGAACAGUUGCAGGAGUACAUGAUCACGCUGAGAAACAAGCUGACCCCACAGGAAAUCCAACAGUUUGCCUUAUUGCUCCGGGAAUACCGGAUGGGCCUGGCCUUGGAGGCCUACUGCGCCGGCCUUCUCCAGCUCUACGGAGACAAACGGAAGUUUCUUCUCUUGGGCAUGCGGCCGUUCAUCCCCGAUCAGGACAUCGGCUACUUCGAGACCUUCCUGGAGAACAUCGGCAUCCGAGAGGGAGGGAUCCUGACCGACAGCUUUGGGCGCAUCAAGCGCAGCAUGAGCAAUACCUCCGCCUCGGCCGUACGCAGCUACGACAGCUGGUCCCUGCGCUCCGAUUCGGAGGCCUUCAACCGCAUGAUUACGGACAUCACCCACGACAUCGAGGCCCUGGCGCGUGACGAGGAAGAGGAGGACGCUACUGAUGACGACGAUAACUAUCUGUGA